AGUGGGUUGGUAAAAGUGACAAUGAGGAUAAGCGGGUCGUAUUUGUACUAUAACGGACUAAAUGAGCGAGAAUGGUGGUGAAUUCGGUGCAUUGGUUCAGGAAAGCGCUGCGGCUCCAUGAUAACCCGGCUCUGCAGGAGGCUCUGCGUGGAGCGGACACGGUGCGCUGUGUUUAUGUUUUGGAUCCGUGGUUCGCCGCAGCCAACGUGGGACUGAACCGCUGGAGGUUUCUGCUGGAGUCGUUAGAGGAUCUGGAUACCAGCUUGAGGAAACUGAACUCGAGGCUCUUCGUGGUGAGAGGACAACCUGCCAAUGUGUUUCCCACACUUUUCAAGGAGUGGAACGUGACUCGUCUGACGUUCGAGUUUGACUCCGAGCCGUAUGGUAAGGAGCGAGAUGGUGCCAUUAUUAAAAUGGCUCAGGAAUUCGGCGUGGAGACGGUGGUUAGGCACUCUCACACACUCCACAAUCCCGACAGAAUCAUCGAGAUGAACAACAACAACCCGCCGCUCACCUUCAAACGCUUUCAGGCCAUAAUAAGCCGACUCGAUCUGCCCAAGAAACCGCUGCCCACCAUCACACAGGAGCAGAUGAACAGCUGCAGGACCAAGAUCUCAGAUAAUCAUGAUGAACACUACAGUGUGCCCACUCUGGAGGAACUGGGGUUUAAGAAUCAUGCCGAUGGGGUGCCAGUGUGGAAGGGGGGUGAAUCAGAGGCUCUGGAGAGACUCGGUAAACACUUAGACAAAAAGGCAUGGGUGAGUAAUUUCGAGCGACCUCGAAUAAAGGCUCACUCGCUGCUUGCCAGUCCCACUGGUCUGGGUCCGUACCUCUGUUUCGGCUGCCUGUCAUGCCGAGUGCUUUAUUACCACUUACGAGAGCUCUACAUGAAGCUGCGGCGGCGCUCCAGUCCUCCUCUCUCGUUGUUCAGACAGCUGCUGUGGCGCGAGUUCUUCUACACGGCGGCCACGAACAACCCCAGCUUCGACCGUAUGGAGGGGAACCCUAUCUGCGUCCAGAUCCCCUGGGACCAGAACCCAGUGGCUCUGGCAAAGUGGGCCGAGGGCAAGACGGGUUUCCCUUGGAUCGACGCCAUCAUGUGCCAGCUGAGACAGGAGGGCUGGAUUCACCACCUGGCUCGCCAUGCUGUCGGCUGCUUUCUCACCCGUGGAGACCUGUGGAUCAGCUGGGAGAGCGGCAUGAGGGUGUUUGAGGAGCUGUUACUGGAUGCAGACUGGAGUGUGAAUGCCGGGAGCUGGAUGUGGCUCUCCCGCAGUGCUUUCUUCCAGCAGUUUUUUCACUGUUAUUGCCCCGUGGGUUUUGGCCGCCGCAUCGACCCCACCGGAGAGUUCAUACGAAAAUAUAUUCCAAAGCUGAAGGACUUUCCGAGCUGCUACAUCCACGAGCCAUGGAAAGCACCAGAACCGAUUCAGAAGGCCGCAAACUGCAUCGUGGGAGUGGAUUAUCCCAAACCCAUGGUCAACCACGCCGAGAGCAGCCGGCUUAACAUCGAGAGGAUGAAGCAGGUUUACCAGCAGCUCUCACACUACAGAGGACUUAGCCUGCUAGCGUCUGUGCCCACCAUUCAGGAGGAGGUUGAGCCCUCACUGUCGGACGACUCUCAGGCCAGCAGCAGUGGGGUCGUCUCCACUUCCUGCCAACCCCAGCUUGAGCCUGCAUCUCAGCCUGCACAUCAGGCCACCCAGUCGAAUCCUGAUCCAGAGCUCAGCCCUGAUUCAGAACCUUCAUCUUCAGCUACCGCUGCAGUGAGGAAGCGUGCUCACUGCUCUGAAGUGCAGAACUCUCAAAAUCCUAAAGUCCAGCACACCAGUCAGACCAGAACAGAUCACCAGCACACAGAGGACAAGAUGUAAACUCUCCGAUGAACUGCCAACCAGGACAGAAAGAAACAGAGAGGAGGCUUUGUCAGAAAAAACAGUAAAGGAGAUGAAUUAACUUCAUGACAACUUGGACGAGAUGAAAAACAUGAAGAAAUGACAAUCAGACUGUAGUAUGUUUGAAACAUUAGACAGAUACAGCUCAUCCUGCUCUCGGCCUGCUUCUCUUUAUUAACCAGAUUAAAUACAAUCCUUUAUUUCUAGCACUUGGCAAGGCUGAUAGACAGUUAUGACAAUUAUCAACCCUUCCUGCCGUGAAGCACGACGUAAAACAAUCAAAUAAAUAAAUAAUCAAUCAGACAUUCA